CGCGGAGGCCGCAUGAUGUCUGGAGUUACUGUAAAAGACGUGAACCAGCAGGAGUUCGUCAGAGCUCUGGCAGUCUUCCUCAAAAAGUCUGGGAAGCUGAAAGUCCCCGAAUGGGUGGACACCGUCAAGCUGGCCAAGCACAAAGAGCUUGCUCCCUACGAUGAGAACUGGUUCUACACGCGAGUUGCUUCCACAGCGCGGCACCUGUACCUCCCGGGUGGCACCGGGGUUGGCUCCAUGACCAAGAUCUAUGGGGGACGUCAGAGAAACGGCGUCAUGCCCAGCCACUUCAGCCGAGGCUCCAAGAGUGUGGCCGGCCGGGUCCUCCAAGCCCUGGAGAGGCUGAAAAUGGUGGAAAAGGACCAAGAUGGGGGCCGCAAACUGACACCUCAGGGACAGAGAGAUCUGGACAGAAUCGCCAGACAGGUGGCAGCUGCCAACAAGAAGCAUUAGAACAAACCAUGCUGGGUUAAUAAAUUGCCUCAUUCGUUAAAAAAAAAAAGAAAA